AUGUCAUUUAAUAAGGCCAAAAACAACACAUUUGCAUUGGCGGCAUUCAAUGUAUACAAGAAUAAUAGGUCGCUCUUUUUGAAUUCGUCGUAUAUUCUUUUGAUUACAGCGGCGUUCUCAGGUGCAACUAACACUAGUUCGAAGCGGAGCAAACGAGAGGAUGUUUCAAAGGAUGUGGAAAAAAAGAAGACCAAAGUCAGCAAGGAAGCGGGACUUAGGCUCUUCCGAGCAGCCAUACCAAGUUGGACGGAUCUGGCGGUGAUGUAUUUGGGGGCACAUUUGGUAUUAUUGGUGGUGAGAGCGUAUUUGACGAUCAAAGUUGCUAGUUUGGAUGGUAAAUUGGUAGGGGCAUUGGUCAGUAAAAGGCUCAAGAUGUUUGGGAGAUUGUUGGCAAUAUGGAUGUUGAUUGGGUUUCCAGCGUCCGUGGUUAAUUCAUUGUUGACGUGGACCAGAAACAUGUUGCGGAGGUCUUUGAGAAGAAACAUGAAUGAUAGUAUUAUGGAGGACUAUUUGCCUGACAAUCUUGAUCCUAACUACUAUUCAUUGAUCCAGUUGUCUGACAACAAGGUUAACGACCCAGAUCAAAGAAUUUCCACGGAUGUGGCGAGAUUAGCGCAAGCAUUGUCAAGCUUACCAGGCCAAUUAUUAAAGCCUACGUUGGAUAUGUUGUUGUGUGCAAGAGAAUUGUCAAAGAGUGGUGUUGGGAGUGGUGAAGGUAGUCUUGCAUUGGGGAUUAUAGCCCAUUUUUCGACUAUUAUUUUGCGUUUCUUUUCUCCACCAUUUGCGAAGCUUGCUUCGGAAAGAGCAAACUUAGAGGGUCAAUUAAGAUCAGCGCACUCAAAAAUUGUCACCAAUAACGAAGAAAUCGCCUUCUUAAGAGGUUACAACCGUGAAUUGGAUUAUAUUGAUUUUUGUUACUACCAAUUAGAAAGGUUUUUGAAGAUGGAAUAUUGGAAAAAGGCCAUUCAUGAAAUUGCGCAAACUUUUAUUGUUAAGUACUUUUGGGGUGCCGCUGGUUUGGUUUUAUGUUCGGCUCCGGUCUUUAUCAACAGAUAUUUGGGUAACGAUCCAAAUCCAUCAGCUUCUGCUGACUUUAUUACGAAUAGAAGAUUGCUUUUGAGUGCAUCUGACUCGUUAGAUAGAUUAAUAUAUUCAAGGAGAUACCUCUUGCAAGUUCUUGGUCAUGCUACAAGAGUCGCAGAUUUCCAAGAUGCAUUGGUUAAAAUUCAAGACAGAAAAUUGAAUAAGCCACUUCCUACUGGUGGUGAAGCUGCCACCACUAAUGUGAACUAUGGAAAUGAAAUUACUUUUAGGGAUGUAAGAUUGAUCACCCCUGCUGAUGUCACAUUGAUUGAAAGUUUGAAUUUUAGUGUCAAGCAUGGUCAACACUUAUUGAUCGCUGGGCCAAAUGGUUCUGGGAAAUCUUCAUUGUUCAGAAUGUUGGGUGGCUUAUGGCCAUGUAAUAAGGGUAAUAUCACUAUCCCAACCUCUAAGAAUAUGUUUUAUUUACCUCAGAGAGCUUAUUUAUGCCGUGGUAAUUUAAGGGAACAAAUCAUUUACCCACAAUCUCUUGAAGACUUUGAAAAAAAUAAAGAUUCCAAAACAGAUGAACAUUUGAAUGGAAUUAUGAAAAUCUUGCAAUUAGAUGACUUGUUGGUUGGAGAGGACCCUUGGAAUAUGACGAGAAACUGGGCUGAAGAAUUAUCAGUCGGAGCUCAGCAAAGAUUGGCUAUGGCUAGGUUAUAUUACCAUAGACCUAAAUUUGCUGUUUUGGAUGAAUGUACUUCGGCCGUCUCUCCAGCCAUGGAACAAUUUAUGUAUAAACAUGCACAAGAAUUAGGCAUUUCGUUGUUAUCGGUUGCACACAGACCUGCGUUAUGGCACUUCCACAAUUAUUUGCUUAAGUUUGAUGGAAAGGGUGGUUAUUUCUUCGGUGAAUUGGACGCAACUAAAAGAUUGAAGUUUGAAGAAGAAAGAUUGAUAUUAGAGAAGAACUUGAGAGAUGUUCCUUUUUUGAGAGAAAGGUUACAAGAAUUGAAGAAGGUUUCUAAUGCUCAACAUUUAAGAUACAACACUUCCCACAAAAAUUUGACUGCAUUAUGA